AAACACGCCGAUGGACUUAUUGAUAAACUCAAGGAUGAAAUAGAUAACGAAUCAACCGAGGUUGUCCACAUUUUGGAGGAUUUCACCUUUGACCAAACUGUUGAAACGAUUUUGGGGGAAACCGGGCCUGAAAUUGAUAAAAGAAAAACAGCGAGGUGUAUCAAAACGUUGAUGAAGAUAUCCCUCAAAAAAAUGUUUUUGCCAUUAACCUACUUCACCUUAACGGAAAGACUCACAAAAAUUUAUUGGAAAGAACGAGAACAACUCAAAAUCCUUCACGACAGCUUAAGAGGAAGCAUUGAGAGGAAGCGAAAAGAAUACAACAACAAUUUAAACACCGAAAAAAGACCGACUUACAUGGAUAUAUUAUUGGGGGAUAAAAAUAACAAAGAAACAGAUAUUUUAAGACAAUUAACGAUGGUCUUUACAGCUGCUUUUGAUGCUUCGGCGGUUUCAAUGUCUUACAUGAUUUAUUAUUUGGCGAAAUACCCCGAAAUCCAACAAAAAGCGUACGAAGAGGUUCACUCAAUCCUCGGCGAAGAUAUCCACCAAACAAUAACCAACCAACAAAUGUUAGGGAUGAAAUAUUUAGAUUUAGUCAUGAAAGAAUCGAUGAGAUUAGGCCCGGCGAUUCCGUUUUUCACUCGAACACUCGAAGAAGAUAUAAUAUACGAAGACACCGUGUUACCUAAAGGAUUAAUGGUUCUUAUGAUCCCGUUUAUGAUGCAUCUCGACCCUGAGUUAUAUCCGGAACCUGAAAAGUUCAUUCCAGAACGGUUUCUUCUGGAAAAUUUGAACCUAAAUAGAUAUAGUUAUACCCCUUUUAACGCUGGGAUUCGAAAUUGCAUGGGACAAUUGUAUGCGAUGACCUCGAUGAAAAUUGCCCUAGCGAAGCUGUUGCUUAAUUAUGAGUUUGUCGACGUCCAACAUAAAAUUUGUUAUACAGUGGAGAUUACUUUGCAAUCAAAAACUGGGGUUAGAGUUGGGAUUCGAAAUAGGAAUCACAAAAUAUAAUAAAAAACUAUGACUAAAAAUUUGUUAUCUUGAAAAAUAAAUAUUAAUCAAAU